CAGCACAACCAUCUAUAACUAACACUGAACUCUCCAUAACAGCACCUGGAGCGACUUCCCAAGAUCAAAAUGACAGACCUAUUUAGUUGUUCGAGGAAAGAACCGAUUGAGAACUUCUACGACAUAGGAAAAGAGCUUGGCCGUGGGGCAUCAUCCGUCGUCAAGCUCUGUCGACAAAAGGGCACAAACAAAGAAUAUGCAGUUAAAAUUAUGAAGAAAAAUGUUGACAAGAAGAUCAUUCAUACAGAAAUUGGAAUUUUAUUAAGACUAAAGCACCCAAACAUUAUUCAACUGAAAGAAAUAUUUGAGUCUAAAACACAGUUGUUUAUGAUACUUGAGUUAGUAACUGGAGGAGAACUGUUUGAAAGGGUGGUAGAGAAGGGAUAUUACAGUGAAAAGGAUGCAGCAGGAGCAGUCAAAGAAAUUCUGGAGGCUGUUAAAUACCUGCAUAGUAAUGAUAUCAUUCAUAGAGAUCUUAAGCCAGAAAACCUUCUUUAUGGAGACCAAAGUGAGACUGCACCAUUGAAAAUUGCAGAUUUUGGUCUCUCAAAAAUGCUGCUCAAUGACCAGGCCACAAGCACGGUCUGCGGAACUCCUGGCUAUUGUGCACCAGAGGUUUUACUGGGUCACAAGUACGACACAAUGGUGGAUAUGUGGGCAGUUGGAGUCAUAGCUUAUAUUCUUCUAUGUGGAUUUGAACCAUUUUUCGAUGAACGUGGUGACCAAGCGAUGUUCCAAAGAAUUUUGAAGUGCGAUUAUGAAUUUAUAUCUCCGUGGUGGGAUGAGGUGUCAGACAGUGCUAAGGAUCUUGUAUCAAAGUUAGUCGUAGGUGACCCCAAGAAACGACUUACUGCAGCACAAGCCCUACAACAUCCAUGGGUGAAGGGCGACAACGCACGACGGGACGACUUGGAAAAGACCCGCCAAAAGUUAAAGGAAUUCAGCGCCAAAAGAAAAUUGAAAGGAGGCAUGCUUGGUGUGAUGGCAGCCGCUGACUUUGCCAAAACUGCUGCAGGCGCAACAAAAAAAUAACUGAAACCGUUUCCUACAACGUUAACUAGCUUUUUUAUAUUUCCUUAAACGUAACCUCUAAAAAUAUAGGUACUUGUACAAGCCUGGCUUACAUUGUAUAUUAAAGUCGGAUGUUAGAAUCUAGUUAAUAAUAUUUGAAGACUGUAAAAUUCGCUUAAUAAUCUUUAAAUCGUGCGAUUCCAUUUGCCCCGGCAAAGUACGCCAUAGCGGGAAUAGGUAGGCGGCAAAUUCGUAGCUGUGCUGUACCCGUAACUAUACGCGCGUUUUGGUUGAAUGAAAUACUGGAAGACAAUAAGAAGAUAGAGUUUUAAUCUUGUGUUACGGCAUGCCUCCAUUAGUCUUCCCGUAAGUUUCCCAAUUGUACCAAAACUAUUAAAAUAUAUGCAUUAUUGUU